AAAUCCUGAAGUGAUGUGGAACUCAAUUUCCCACUAGAAAUGGCAGAGCCUCAUCGGAUUAUAGAUGAAAAUUUUCUUCAUACAACCAUUGUUCCCAUUAGUUUUCCCGAUACAGUUUGUAUGAACAAUCAAAACCAUAUUAUGGAUGGACAAAACCAUAUCAUGGAUGGACAUGGAAUUCCUUAUCCUUUUAUGCUGCAAGGUGAAGCUGUAAACAGUUCUCAUGGUUUUCUAAAUGUACCUAAUUUUCCUCGACGUGUUGACGCUGAAGCAAUUCACAAUGUGCUGCCGGCUGGGAGAAACAGAAUAAAAGAGUUUUCAGUGAGUACUUCUUAUCCACUCAGUAAUGCUUACACAGAUGAUCAAUAUAUGGAGGGAAUACCAAUCUCUGCAGUGUCUCUUGCUAAUCUUAUGGCUGCAAGGAACGCCAUGCAUGAGAAUCCUGAAAAUUUAGCGGUACUGGCUCCGUUAUCACAUCCUGCAGAAGGCCAGAAAAUUGAUGGUCUAGACUAUCCUAAUGUGUUGAAUCAUUCAUUUGGAUCCUACAGAAACUAUGAGUUUGAUGGUGUUUCGGAAAUUGCUGGGACGGUUGUAGGACGAGCAGGAUCUCAGCCUUUCCAAUUAACUGAAAAUGUGAAUUCAAACACAUGGUUCUCAUCAGAAACAGCUAGUUUGAGUUCUGAUAGUCCCUCUGGAUCCUCCCGAUUUAGCAACGAGCUCUGUCUAAGUCUCACAACAUCACAAUCUGCUGUUGCAUGUGGGACUACUAUCCGGGACCAAUGCUCGGAUAUAAGCUGCUCCGGUGUAACCAACCAUGCUUUCCCUCAAAGACGCUUUGAUUCAGAGCUAACUUCUUGCAACAGCAGAAAUCUAUCUUUAAACUUUGGUUCAUACAAACCUGUCCACCUUUCACAAUUCUUAACUGGAUCAAGAUAUCUCCGUGUAAUGCAAGAAAUACUCUCUGAAAUUGCUCAGUUAUCACUUCAAAAUCAUAACUUGGUUGCCUAUCGAGGAAAUGGGAUGGAGAAUGGUGCAAAUACUUCAUUUGCUUUGAAUUCAGAUGCUGGAAGGGGCUAUGCAGCCAUGAGUUCCGAUGAUUCACCUGAUGGAGACCAUAGAAUCAUUGGUCUGAUGGAUUGUGAAGCAAAGAAAAAGAAUCUGGUAGCUUUGUUGCAAGUGGUUGACGAUCAAUACAACCAAUGCUUAGAUGAGAUUCAUAUGGUCGUCUCUGCAUUUCAUGCUGUGACCGAGUUGGAUCCUAGUAUACAUGCACGUUUCGCCCUUCAAACAAUCUCCUCCUUGUACAAAAACCUGAGGGAGAGAAUAAGCAAUUACAUUCUCGCAAUGGGAGAACAUUUCAACAAAGGAGGAGAAAGGGGAGUAGAGAAGUCAUUCGAAACAUCCUUCAUUCAAAAGCAGUGGGCACUUCAGCAGCUAAAACGAAAAGAUCAUCAGUUAUGGAGGCCACAGAGAGGCUUGCCAGAAAGAUCUGUCUCAGUUUUGAGAGCAUGGAUGUUUCAAAACUUUCUUCACCCAUAUCCAAAGGAUGCAGAGAAGCAAUUGCUGGCAGUAAAAAGUGGAUUGACAAGGAGUCAGGUAUCGAAUUGGUUCAUAAAUGCUCGAGUUCGUCUAUGGAAACCAAUGAUAGAGGAAAUGUAUGCUGAGAUGAACAGAAGAAAAAUUCGUGCUGGAAAUGAAGAUGAAGCUAACCAUCAUCGAAGAAAUCACAAAAUUAUUGAGAGUCAUUUAUUUACAAUGAAGUGACAUGAUGAUGAUUAUG